UUAAUCCUAAACGCAGUGUAAUGGCUGCCUGGAGGAAUAGGUGAAUUUAGAUGCUUCUGUUUAUGUUUUAACAGCAACAAACCGUUAACGUCUACACGUCUGAGGUAAAAUGGUUUACGUUCAUCCAGAGAUGCAGCUUAAGACGAAAUAUAACAGCGUGAAGUGAGCAAAUAGCUGUUUAGCUUAAGGGUGAUUCUAGGCCUUGCUGGUCAUGGCGAUGAAGGCCCGUUUGGAGGCAGUGCUUAAUGUGGGUCUCCGGAUUCCCAGUAUUCUGCUACUGGAGGUGCUGUAUCGCUGGGACGUCAGCUCUUUCUUCCAGAAAAUCCAGAGAAGCAGUCUUAACAAUAACCCCCUCUUCCAGUACAAGUACAUUGCCCUCUACCUGCAUUAUGUCGGUUAUAUCCUCAGUUUGGUGUUGUUGACGCUGCCUCGACAGCAUCUAGUGAAGCUCUACCUCUAUGUGGUCACAGCUCUCUUGCUCUUCGCUGGACAUCAGGUCUCCAGGGAUUAUGUACGCGGUGAGCUGGAGUCAGGCUAUGAAGGACCCCUCUACCUGGAGCCGCUCUCUAUGAACCGCUUUACCACUGCACUCAUUGGUCAGCUUGUGGUGUGUACGCUGUGUUCAUGUGUCAUGCAGACAAAGCAGAUCUGGUUGUUUUCGGCACACCUGCUCCCCCUAGUGGCCAGACUUUGCCUCGUGCCCCUGGAGACCAUCGUCUUCAUCAAUCGAUUUGCUAUGAUCUUCACUGGUCUGGAGGUGCUGUACUUUCUGGCCUCCAACCUGCUGGUGCCAUACAAUCUGGCCAAAACUGCUUACAGAGAGCUGGUGCAGGUGGUGGAGGUGUAUGGUUUGCUGGCUCUAGGCAUGUCUCUGUGGAAUCAGCUGGUUCUGCCUGUACUCUUUAUGUGCUUCUGGCUGGUGCUGUUCGCUUUGCAGAUCUACACCUAUUUCAGCACGCGUGACCAGCCGCCCUCCCGCGAGAGGCUGAUCUUCCUCUUUCUUACUAGUAUGGCGGAGUGCUGUAGUACACCAUACUCUCUGCUGGGUCUGGUUUUCACUGUAUCUUUUGUGGCGCUGGGCGUCCUUACCCUCUGCAAGUUCUACCUACAGGGCUACAGAGCUUUUAUGAAUGACAAUACCAUGCACAGGGGCAUGACUGAGGGCAUUACACUUUUGAUCUUGGCUGUUCAGACUGGUCUCAUUGAGCUGCAGGUCAUUCACAGAGCCUUCCUUCUCAGCAUCAUCCUCUUCAUCGUGGUGGCUUCCAUUCUGCAGUCAAUGCUGGAGAUUGCUGACCCCAUAGUUCUGGCUUUGGGGGCAUCCAGAGACAAGAGCCUGUGGAAACACUUCAGAGCUGUGAGUCUGUGUCUGUUCCUGCUGGUCUUCCCCGCUUAUAUGGCUUACAUGAUCUGUCAGUUCUUCCGCAUGGACUUCUGGCUGCUCAUAAUCAUCUCCUCCAGCAUCCUCACCUCACUUCAGGUUCUUGGCACGCUUCUCAUCUACGUGCUCUUCAUGGUGGAGGAGUUUCGUAAAACUCCAGUUGAAAACAUGGAUGAAGUUAUCUACUGUGUCAACGGGACCUAUCGACUUCUGGAGUUUCUGGUGGCAGUAUGUGUGGUGGCCUAUGGCGUUUCAGAAACCCUGUUUGGGGAAUGGACUGUAAUGGGCUCCACCAUCAUCCUGGUUCACUCUUAUUAUAACGUGUGGCUAAGAGCACAACUGGGCUGGCAGAGCUUCCUGUUGCGCAGAGAUGCAGUCCACAAGAUCCAAAACAUGCCCACAGCUUCAGCAUUACAACUACAGCAGCAUAAUGAUAUCUGCUCCAUCUGCUUUCAGGAUAUGAAGUUUGCUGUCAUCACACCCUGCAACCACUUCUUCCACGCCACCUGUCUGAAGAAGUGGCUAUACGUACAGGAGACCUGUCCGCUCUGUCACGGCCAGCUCAAAAACCAGCUACAGGCACCCAGCGCUCCGGGUGCGGCAACGCAAGACGCUGCACCAGCCAAUCAAAACCCAGCACGGGAGGCGGAGCAGGGCGAACCACAGGCAGAGCUGAUGAACAAAGAGGAGAGCACAUCAGCGAAAAUCGCUUCAGCUGAGCCAGACACUGAAAAUAACUCAACUGAGAGUUUGCAAUCCCCAUCCAAAGAUUGUGAUGCAUCUUCAGGAAAAGAGAGCAGCACGGGUCCAUCUGGUGAUCUGGAUGGCGAGGCUUCAUGGUCUACGUCAGCUCGUCUACGUCAUGAGCAAAGCGCAGCGCUGUAAUAGUUAGGUCACACCGUACACCUUCAAAUUGCUAACAGCGAGGACUACUAUUAGUAGAUGGUUAAAAGGUUAGUUCAGUAUAAUUCUGACGCCUUGUUUGACACGUCUCUCCAGGAGAUUAAAGCAGAAAGGGUUCUUUUUUGAGCUUUAAACAGUCAUUAUCCUCUCAACCAUAGCCCUCAAGCACUGUUCGUACUUCUGCAUAUUAAAUACUAAUAUGCGGAUGCUUUGUGACAUCACUGAUUUGGCGCACCAUUUGAAUGUAUGGUAUUUGAGAGUUAAGUUGGAAAGAAGUCUCAGAAAAUAACUUAAUACGAGUCUUAAAGACAGCUUUAGUGUUAACAUUUUUUGGAGCUCAAAAUGAUCCUCGUUCGCUAAACAACCUAACGGAUGCAUCAAAUUUGAUCGUAUUUUGUAUGAUCUGUUUACAUUGUUGCAGGUCGAGACAUUUCAUUAUCAUUGGUCAAAAAUCAUUUCAUGCGUCCAACCAAAGCAUGAACUUCACCCUGAUGGAGAUAAUAUAAUAUUCAUGCUUCAUAAGCAAUCCUAUGUACAUGAUCUAUUUAGUUUGUUGGAAAUAAGAAAUGCGCAUACUUAAAAUGGUACCUGUCCCUUUAAAUAAGCUACCGGAGAGACCCCCCUUAUAUAAGUGAAAUUGAGAAAUGUUAUUUAAAGUGCCAUUCAUUUUGUUUUAUCACAGUGAGCUUCCUUUUAUUACCCCGAAUUUUAAAAGGAUGUUUGACACCAGGCUUUCUCAUCCUACAUAUUUUUGUCACGUGUCAAAAAUCAUGUUAAAGUUGUCAUAGCGUGAACUUGUCAGUUUGGCAGUUUGCUUGGUUCUUAGAAGUGAACCUCUUCACAAGCAUAUUGCAGACUGUUUAGACUAAAUCUAUUUUCUGGUUUUAACAGAUGAAUAUUUAGUAAUUAGACAAUCAAAUACAAGCAUUUUAAGAUGGAUGCUACAUUUAAAGGGGUAGUUCACCCAAAAAUGAAAAUUUUUAAAAAAAACAUUUACUCACUCUUAUGUAUUACAAACCUGUAUAUAUUUAUUUAUUCUGAUGAUCACAAGAGAAGAUUAAAUUCCAUAGUAUACUUUAUUUCCUACUAUGGAAGUGAAUGGGGCUCGUGAUUGGGUACAAACAUUCCUUUAAAAAUAUCUUCUCUUGUGUUCAUCAGAAUAAAGACAUUUAUAGAGGUUUGUAACAAAAUGAGGGUGAAUAAAUGAUGAGAAAAUUGUAUUUUUCGGUGAACUGUCCCUUUAAGAUCGUUUUAUUAAACUACAUUGUUUCUUUCAGCAUAAAGCUUACAGGUUGAAUCUCACCAAAAACACGUCGAGGUUAUAUUUCAACCCAAAAUUAAAUAAAAAUUUGUAUUGUGAGAUUUUUCUUGACAAUUAAUCACACCCAAUUACUGCAAUUCAUUGGCUUUUGAAAUUUAAAUCAUGCGGCAUUAAUAUGAUUUUAAUAUUAUGUGCUUUAAAUGUCAACACUCUUUGAAGCAAAAGUAUUUUUUAUUUCGGGGUGAAAUUUUUCUAGCAGUUUCUGAAAUGUUUAUGGGAUUGAAAUUUAAGCAUUGCUGUUGACUAAAACCGACAUUGAAAGCAGACGUACUUUCACCAUCAUUUUCUUAGCUGUCACUCCAUUUCGUUUGCCAGAGAUGUCAUGCCAUGCUAUGUGUUUGCACUAAUAUUUAUAGUGAAUAAUAGUGUAUACUCUGUUUUUUUCCUUGUUGGGCAACAAAUGCUCUACAAAUGAUGAGCAAAUGAAGUACGGCUCAAUGUUAAUGUUUGUACAUAUACAGGCAAAUAUAUUCCUUUGUAUAUUCAUGUUUUUGAUAUGCCAUACAGUGUUAAAGCAGCAGUGAACCUUAUGAAGUGUCUGUGAUCGUGUGAACACUGGGAUAAGUGGGAUUGAUCUAAGGACACAGAGUGUGUUUGUGCUGAUCUUCCUUUAAGUGACUUAUUUUAAAAUGGCACGUUGUGUGGAUGAAUACAUUCAAUGUAUGAGCAGACAUAAAUGCCAUUUGAAAAGCAGCUCUGUACUUGAUGAUUUUUGCACAAUUUUCUUGAAAGUAAAUAAAAUGGCAAUGCAGCUAGAACAGA